GACAUCGUUAACGCCGUUCGCGCUACUUUUGUACAUACAUGAUAGAAAAGCUGCACGAACGUCAUUAACGAUAUCGAGAGUUGUCGGUAACCGUGUACGGAAUAGAGCUCCUAAUAUAUGUAUAGUUAUAAAAUAAUAUAUAAAAUUUUGAACCUUAUCCUUUUACUCUAGAAGAUAUAUAAUUUUACGUAUAUCUUCUGUUUAUAUUUACUGCAGAAAUUUGUAUUUAAUUGUACUAAUAUAAACCAAAAAGUAAGUAACGAAAAUAGUAGCGACUCGUUAAUUUUUUAAUAACGGUAACAAGUUACUCUUAUAUAAAGUAACUUUCCCAACCCUGCCUAAUUAGUACACGUGGUUUGAAUAGACGGUCGCGUAAAAACAGCACGGUACAAACGUGUUAAAAACAGUAAGAUUUAUAUGUAUAAUUCAAUACAAAAUGAAAUUUGCAAAAAACCUAUUACAUUCUGAAACAAUGCGUAAAAAUUCAAUAUUACGUUUUAAAGUCUAAAAUAAUGCGUCAGUAUUAUUUGCUAUUUAACGAAUAAUUAACUUAUAAACAGGUUUUUACAAGUGAUGGCUUUUAUUAUACAGUCGUGACUAUGUGUGGAUAAAACAUUAGUCUUGAAGCACAAUUUGAAAGUUCCCAUUGGACGCUCGAAACGCUCGAAACUCUCGGACAUUCUCCUUUAGAAAUCAGUGUGCAAUCGACUUAUCGCGUGCGCAGCAGCGAUAUUCUGUGCUGUGUUACCAGUAUUUGUAGGACAGAUCCACCUGUGAAUAACCGGUUAAGGAACAACCGGUCAAGGUCGAUCAGAGCAACGAUGUCACUACCGAUUCGAUAUGUUAGUAUAGAAGAAGAGUGUAAGCGAAAUCCGCAGCUCAGGAUGUCAGAUCUGCAAAUGUUAAAGGAUUGGAUGGAAAAGCAGCCUCACUUGCCACGAGUAGAGAUGUUAUAUCUUGUUAUGUUUCUGCAUAGCAACUAUUAUCGUAUAGAACCAACCAAGAAGACAAUAGAUAAUUUUUAUACCAUAAGGACGCUUUUUCCAGAAGUGUUCUCUAAUAGAGAUCCAAUCGCGUGGAAAGAACUGCGAAAGGCCUUCUCUGUCUUAGCAUGCACGCCAUUGGAGCAAAAAACCAAGGAAGGCUACAUCAUGACAUUUGGCAAAAUUCGGGAUCCGAAUCCGAAUAAAUAUAACUUUUUCGAAGCUAUCAAGUAUGUGCUUAUGACGUGUGAAGUGCAGAAUAUCACACAUGGCACCAGUGAGGGACAAAUUAUUAUUCUUGAUGCAACCGGUUUGACUUUUGGCCAUAUCGCUGCUAUUAAUUUAAUGGGAGUAAAAAGAAUUCUAUUCUACAUACAAGAAGCAGCUCCAGUUCGAUUGAAGGCUAUACACGUACUGAACACUGUCCCCAUAGUAGAUACACUAAUGAAUUUACUAAGACCCUUCAUAAAGAAGGAAUUGGUGGAUAUUCUGCAUUUUCAUUCGAGUAUGGCAACCGCGAAGAAAUACCUGCCUAUAGAAGGUUUACCAAAUGAAUAUAAUGGGAAAGCGGGACCUCUCGAAGAAAUAACAGCCAAGCAUAUUAAAUUGUUGGAAGAAUUUCGCGAUUGGUUCCAAUAUGACGAAAUUCAUAGACGAGUGAACGAAUCUUUGCGAGUUGGCAAAUGCAAAAGUGCAGAAAGCCUAUUCGGCGUAGAUGGUAGCUUUAAAAAGUUGGAGCUUGAUUCUGUUCGGUCCAUCUGUACCACCUUUAAAAGUAUUAUAUUGACAACUCAAGAGAAAAGUGUUGUAAAACAAAGCAAGUUACUUAAUAAGGCAACAAUGUCGAUAAUGAAAACGGUCACAUUGGAAGAAGAAAUGGGAAAGAAUCCUCAACUGAAGCUAUCCGAUAUACAAUUACUGAAGGAAUGGUGCGAGAAACAACCGCAUUUGCCAAAAAUUGAAGAUAGCUUUCUCGCCUUGUUUCUUCACAGCAAUUAUUAUCAAAUGGAACCAACAAAAAGCACAAUCGAAAAUUAUUAUACGAUGAGGACGCAUUUACCAGAAUUUUUUUGCAAUCGGGAUCCUCUUGCGAAUAAAGAGCUACGACAAGCCUUCAAAAUUCAGGCUAUACUUCCCCUAAAUGGAACAACGAAAGACGGUUACAGGAUGAUCUAUGGAACAUUGAUGGACAGCGAUCCCUCUAACUAUGAUUUCAAUAACAGCACGAAAUAUUCCACGAUGAUAAUGGACCUAUAUCUCCUGAUGAAUGGUAUAACGGACAGCGGUUUUAGUUAUAUCGUAGAUAUGGGUAAACUAUCAUUUGGUCAUAUGACGCGAAUGAAUCCAUUGGGAAUGAAAAAAUCUUUGUACUUCGUCCAAGAAGCAGCGCCGAUACGUUUAAAGGGAAUGCAUAUUAUAAACAUGUUACCCGGUACGGAAUUGUUAAUAAAUAUGAUGAAACCUUUCAUGAAGAAGGAGAUGAUAAACAUGAUGCAUUUUCAUUCAUCCUUGGAGAGCCUCUCCGAAUAUAUUCCUGUGGAUGCAUUGCCGAACGAGGUAGGAGGAAAAGCAGGAUUUACACAUGAACUAGCUGAAAUUCAAGUGAAACUACUCGAAGACUAUCGCGAAUGGUUCCUGCUGGAUGAAAGAACCGGACGUGUUAAUGAAGCCUUGAGAAUUGGCAAGAGUAAAUCAGCGAAUGAUUUAUUCGGCGUAGAAGGUAGUUUUAAAAAACUCGAUAUAGAUUAAUUAAAAUUUUAUAAUUCUAUAAUAUACUUAAAAAGUAUAUUGUGUAAGCACAGUUCUCAUUAUUUCAUUCUUAUACAAUCUCUUUUUGCAAUAUUAUUUUGUACUUUGCACUUUGUAACGUUUUAUGUAAUCGUGCGCGUCAAGCAUCUAUCCGAGAUAUCAUAAAACUUCCUUAUACAAUGUAUUCAUUUUGAUAUUCUUUUUGUGGAAAAAAAUAAUUAGAUUUUGCGAUACUCUGUGUCUCAAGGAUAGGUAUCUGAUAUUUGUGACAUGCGCAAGCGAGCCAAAAUAGAAGACAAACAAGAACAAAAAAAACGAGCAAUUGCUUCCUCGUCACACCUAUAAAAGAUUUUGUUGAUAGAGGACAAAUAACUGCGAUAGGGUUACAAUAUGUUAUUCAAAUAAUAUACACAACCUAACUGUGCAAAAUGUGAUUAAUUUGUGUUUUUACAUUUUAAACUAGUAAAAUCCCUAUUAGAUACUUGAUUGUAUUAUAUUGUACAAUAAGAGCGAUAGAAUAUUUAUGAGAUUGCGCACGAUCAUGUGAGAUACCAAACCUAUUUUACUGAAAUAAUUCUGAAGACUAGCUGUCUAGACAUUGUAACUAAUCAACUAAUAAAAUAAAAGAAAAAUAACAAUCAUCUUUCAUAUCGAUCGAUCUGAUUGCGUAACACAUCCGAGAGAUAACUUAAAAUAUGUAAUACUGUAAAAAAUUGUUUUUGCAGGAAACAAAUUAAAAGUAUUCAUAGUUAAAUAAUUGAAUGUUAAAUAGUAUUAUCUAAAUCACUAUCAAUUUGUGGAAUUAUUAAUCCAGUUUUUAAAAAGACUGACUUAUGAGAGAUUUUUAUAAGUUACUAUUUUGCAUAGUACAUACACGCGCGCAAGUACGUCCAUUUUACGAUAAAUUUAUUUUCAAUUAAUAAUAAAACAAAGAAAAAUAUAUAUCUUAGUGAUAUCUUUGAUAAAAGAUAUUCCCCGCAAAAAA